CUCCCCGCGCAGCCACUGGCUAAGCCGCCGCCGCCGCUAGGUGUCGCCGGCGCCCGGGCCUCCCCCGCGGCCCCUCCUGCGCUCCGGCAGCCGGUGGGGCUGUCUCAGUGCGAGCCUCCGCGCUGCGAGCGGGCGGAGACGUCAGUCCGCAGCGGGGACCCGCGGGUCGGCUUGCCUUGGCUUGGCUCGGCUUGUCCCGUCCUUUCCCCGCGCAACGCCCGGCUCAGCUCGGCUGGGCCCGGCCCGGCUGACGCGAGGCCACCCGGGCCGCUCUCGGCACCGCCAGCGGCCGGGCGGGCGGCUCCCCAGCACGGCCUGCGGUCGCUCUCCGGCGGCGGGGAGCCGCGGCAAGGCGAAGGCUGCGGGGGCGGCGCGGUGGCGGCGGCGGGGGGAGCAGCCAUGUUGGAGCGGGGAAUAAAGUGACUUUUCCUCGGGGAGGGAGCGCGGCCGGCGGCCCGGCGGAGGCAGCGGCUUUCGGGGCUGCGCGGGGAGGGGGGGAGGCUCGGCUCGACUCCCGGCGGCCGGAUACCGCUUCUGGGCGGAGGAGGAGGGGAAGGCGACGGGGGAGAGGAACCGCCCCCGGACCCGCGGAGCUCCGGCGCUGCUGGCUUCCUUAAGCCAGACUUAAUAUUGAUAGAAUGAAAAAGUUUAAGAGGAGACUUUCCUUAACCUUGCGUGGAAGCCAGACCAUUGAUGAAUCGCUGUCUGAGCUAGCAGAACAAAUGACAAUUGAAGAAAACAGCAGCAAAGAUAACGGUGUGAGUAAUAAUGGAAGGAUCAGCUACAGUAAAGUGCAGCCUAUUGUGAAGAAUGGCAGGCCUCCAACGUCUCACAGCAUGCACUCAUUUCUCCACCAGUACACAGGAUCUUUCAAGAAGCCCCCUUUACGGAGACCACAUAGCGUCAUAGGGGGCAGCCUCGGCUCUUUCAUGGCAAUGCCCAGAAAUGGGAGCAGAUUAGAUAUUGUUCAUGAAAACCUGAAAAUGGGGUCAGAUGGUGAAAGUGACCAAGCUUCUGGAACAUCAUCUGAUGAAGUUCAGUCUCCCACAGGUGUUUGUCUCAGAAACCGGAUACACAGACGAAUCUCAAUGGAGGAUUUGAACAAGCGUUUGUCCCUGCCUGCUGACAUCAGGAUACCUGAUGGCUAUCUUGAAAAGCUGCAGAUUAACAGCCCACCAUUUGAUCAGCCAAUGAGUCGACGUUCUCGUAGAGCAUCACUAUCAGAAAUUGGAUUUGGAAAAAUGGAAACCUAUAUCAAGUUAGAAAAGCUUGGAGAGGGUACUUAUGCAACAGUUUAUAAGGGGAGGAGUAAACUGACAGAGAAUCUUGUAGCAUUGAAAGAAAUCCGCCUGGAACAUGAAGAGGGAGCACCAUGCACAGCCAUAAGAGAAGUGUCAUUAUUAAAAGAUCUGAAGCAUGCAAAUAUUGUUACAUUGCACGAUAUUGUGCACACAGACAAGUCUUUGACUCUUGUUUUUGAAUACCUGGACAAGGAUCUGAAGCAGUACAUGGAUGACUGUGGUAACAUCAUGAGUAUGCACAAUGUAAAGCUAUUUUUAUACCAGAUUCUUCGUGGUUUGGCAUACUGUCAUAGGAGAAAGGUAUUACAUCGAGAUCUGAAGCCGCAAAAUCUUCUAAUUAAUGAGAAAGGAGAACUGAAGCUGGCAGACUUUGGACUGGCUAGAGCGAAAUCUGUUCCUACAAAGACCUAUUCCAAUGAAGUUGUCACGUUAUGGUACAGACCACCCGAUGUUCUCCUCGGAUCUUCAGAGUAUUCAACUCAAAUUGACAUGUGGGGCGUCGGAUGCAUAUUUUUUGAGAUGGCAUCAGGAAGACCUCUUUUUCCCGGUUCAACUGUUGAAGAUGAACUGCACUUAAUUUUCAGACUUCUGGGAACUCCGUGUCAAGAAACAUGGCCAGGCAUUUCUUCCAGUGAUGAAUUUAGAAACUACAACUUUCCUAAGUAUAAACCACAACCCCUCAUCAACCAUGCACCAAGGCUAGACACGGAAGGAAUUGAAUUGAUAGCGAAGUUCCUUCAAUAUGAAUCGAAGAAGAGGAUUUCAGCAGAAGAGGCCAUGAAACACGCGUACUUCAGAAGUCUUGGAACAAGAAUACACACUUUGCCUGAAAGUGUUUCAAUAUUCAGUCUAAAAGAGAUUCAGUUGCAAAAAGACCCUGGCUUUCGAAAUUCCACUUACCCAGAGACAGGACAUGGGAAGAACAGAAGGCAGAGCAUGCUUUUUUAAAGUGGGCAAUGCAGAGUCAAGCCCAAGCCUAUCCUAUCGAUCAAGGACUCGGAUCUGAAGGCAGUGUUCUCUGUCGGUGGACUUGGAAUCGCAGUUUGUCUACACUGUCCUCUUCACAGUGGAGUCUUUUUAUUUCCAACCUGCAGAUUAUGUUUUUAUAUUUGUUGUCACAGUGUGACAAUUUUUUGUACAGUUGGUUUUAAGGUCUCCUCUGCCACUAGAGCCAGUAGGUUACAGCUGUUGAUGUAACUGUAGCUGCAAUUUUUGUGCAGGACUGAGAAACACAGUGCAUUAUUUAUUGCGGAAUCAUUGCUGCUAAAUAACUACUGUCUGUAUAGUUAACACAACAAUUCCAUGCCUGAAGAAGUUGCAAUGGCUUUAUAAUAUGUGAAUGCAUCUGUUUCUCUUCAUAAAAUGUUCUACUGCUGCGGGGUUUUUUUGUAUUUCUUAAACUGCAGUGUUUCCUGGAAUGUAAACAGAGCUUUGCUUGGCUAUAGGUGAACCAUCUUUUACGCUCUAAGUUCAUGGCACUUAAUUCCUUAUUUAACAUUGGAAGUAUGUGUUGAAAUAGUUGAAAAAUUAUAAUGCAUAUUAUGUUUUUGAAAAGCACAUGGUGUGAAAGUUGAUUCAAACAAGUGAACAGUAACUUUUAUUUGCUCUCAGAUCCUACGUUAGUUAUUGAUAAAUUAGAGCAUGGAGACUGGAUGAUAAAUGUUGUCAGGCUUACUCCAGCGUAAGAUCUCUGCACGUUGUUGUGCAUACGGGGCCUGCAGAAGCAAUGACUUUUUUACCUUGUUUUUAACUUAGACAAACAAAUAGUAGAAAGAUGAUUCAUAAACGUUGGACCCUGGCUUACUUUUGAAACUUAGAAUUUCAUUACAGAGGAACAGGACGGCUAAUUACAAGAACACGGGAAUAAUGUCACGCUUUUCCCACCUUGUUGCUCUCCCAUUUGUGCAUUAUUCACUUGAAAUCAACUGGAAAGAUGCAAGUUUGUACUUGAUAAGAACUCGCUGUACUACAGAGCUUUUACAAUGGGAACUUAGAGAGUUUUUCAGAUCUUAGAUGUUAUCUGUUUACCAGAGAUAGUAAACAUGUUACUUCUAUGCUUAUGCAUCUCAGUGAGCAUCAUAAGUACACCCUUGGUGAUGGUUACAGUAUUUUUAAGCAUUUGUGUUCACCUUUAUGAACCUAUUUGUUUAGUGCAUCUUAAAAAGACUGUAAAUCUUUAAUGGUAUAUUUUGAAAUGGUCAUGUAAAUCUUUGGCUGGUAUAUCAUGAAAAUAGUCAUAAGUAACUUAAUUUUUCCUGACAUCACUGUAAAACAUUCAGGGGUCCUACCAUUUCUGUUCAGGAAAUCUUGUAGUUUAUUGUUAUUUAACAGUAUUAAGUGAAUUUUUGUAUAUUUCAUUUUAACUUUAUUUGUGAAUAGUGACUGUGGCAUGUUUGGGGGUGUUUUAUUAAUAUUUCAUUGAUACUGGUAAAUUUGAAUUGGGUUUGUUUGUUUUUUUUAAAAAUUUUCUGGAAGAGAGAAAUUCAUGUGUAACGGUGACUAUUGGACCACUACUGCUUUUCAGCAUUUGUAAACCGGUUUUACGUUAAAUCUUGUAGACCUAACAAACUGCUGUUAUUUCUAACUGACCGACCUGUAUUAAUAUUGUACUUUUGAAAGUAUAAAUAUUAUGUGGAGUUCUUUUGGUUUUGUUUUGAAAUUUCUAAUAACAAAGGCCCUGUGUUGUUAAAAAUA